AAUACAGUAAUGGAAGAAAAAGGGCUACAGUUUAGAAAUGCAUUUAUUGAAGUAGGAGAGAUAUGUUUCUAUAGGCUCGCUCGUCCAUAUAUUAAAGACUGGAUGAUGAAAUAUUUACCUCUUGGACAACGUCAAAAAAAAUUGUGGGAAAUCCUCGAAGAUUUUGCAGGAAAAGUUAUCGAAGACCGACGUAAGUAUCACGCAAGUAUAGGUCAUAAUGUUUUUAAGCAGUACUUUGAUAGAGUAGAAAACGGCAUGGUACAAGAUGAUGAAAGAGUACAAAAGAAAAAUCUAUCAGUAUUGGAUAUAUUACUAUUGAAUGAAUAAAAAGGUUUAAUAGACAACCAGGGAAUUUUAGAUGAAACAAUUCUUAUGAUUGCCGCGGGAUUUGAAACCACUGGUGUAGCUAUAAUGUUCCUUGUUCUAUUAUUGGCUGAAAACAAAG